AUGGAUCCCUUGCGCCAGAACCACACCUUCAGCUCCGAGUUUGUCAUCCUGGGCUUUGGUGAAAUGGCUGAACUGCAGAUGCUCUUUUUUGGACUCUUCCUAAUCAUGCAUCUUGUGACCCUGGUGGGGCAUGCCACGAUUGUCCUCAUCACCCUCCUUGACUCUUACCUCCAGACCCCCAUGUAUUUCUUCCUUCGAAGCCUAUCUGCCAUUGAAAUUUGCUAUAUCCUGGUUAUUGUUCCCAACAUGCUGGCCAAUUUCCUGUCCCAGAGCCAGCGGAUGCCCUUCCUGGGCUGUGCACUGCAGAUGCACCUUUUCAUCGCCCUGGGUGGCGCAGAAUGCUUCCUGCUGGCCGUGAUGGCCUAUGAUCGAUUUGUGGCCAUCUGCAACCCCCUGCACUACACCCUCAUCAUCACCAGGAGCCUCUGCCUGCAGAUGCUGGCUGUGGCGUGCAUCAGCGGUUUUGCCCUCUCCCUCACCCUCACCACACUGAUAUUCCUGCUGCCCUUCUGUCAGUCCCAUGAGAUCAACCAUUUCUUCUGUGACAUCCCCGCUGUGCUCUUCCUGGCCUGCUCAGACACACAAGCCAAUGAGGUUGCGGUGUUCAUUGUCUGCAUGCUCAUCCUCUUGAUUCCUUUCUUGCUGAUCCUGCUCUCCUAUGCAUUCAUUAUUGCUGCCGUUCUCAAAAUCCACUCAGCUGAGGGCAGGAGCAAAGCCUUCUCCACCUGCGCUGGCCACCUCCUGGUCUCUCUUCUACACUACGGCUGUGCAAUUUUCAUCUACAUUCGUCCCAAGUCGUGGUACACCCCAAAGCAGGACAAAAUCGUGUCCUUAAUCUACACCAAUGUGACGCCCAUGCUCUACCCCAUGCUCUAUAGUCUGAGGAACAAGGAAGUCAAGGGUGCCCUCAGGAGACUCCUGCGCAGCCACAAACACUGA